CUAAGUCAAUUACCAUCCACUUUAACAGAGAGCUUCUUGAGUUUCUUUUGUAUUCUGCAGCUAAAUAACAAAACUCUCUGCUGAGCAUUUGAACAAGCCCUUGGCGAAUGGACAGAAGAGUCAUUUUCUUUGCCCUGCCUUGGCACAACAGCUCAGCUUCAGCCAUUAAAAAAUACAUGAAAAUGGACUCGUUAGCGGUUGCCUCCGGAGCUUCUUCCUCUAUCUGACGUGCCAGACACUCAAGUUACUGCUCGUCUUUUCUCAGCUACUUGUUCCUUGCUAAUUGUUUGAUGACUCUGAGACGGGUCAUUCGAGACUGAUCCCAGAGGACUGAAUGAAAGUCACUGUGACUGAACUGAGAUGCGACGCCGGGAGAGAGAGGGGGGAGAGGAUGACAGAGUCAGGGAGCACAGUUAAUCUUCACCUCUUAUAAUAUAAACAAGUUUUUUCUGUUGUAUGAAUGUAUCACUUGUGUAGAUAUUGUCAAACUUUAAUUCUUAAUAUUUAAAGAAAAUAAAUACUGCAUAUGAUAUAUUAACAUUAGGAGCGUGCGUACAUGAUAGGCCCACGGAACAUUUUCAUUAACUGAGAGGGCUGUUUUUUGGGGUUUUUUGGGUAGGUUUUGUAAUAUUCACUGGAAUAUAAAAGCUGUGGCAUGAAAUGUUUAAGUAAAUACAUAUUGUCAGCUAUUAUACAGUUAGAACUUAUGCUAAAAAUUAAACGUAGAUGAUCACAUUAUCCUUUGUUUUAAAUACUGAUGAAUUUUCCUGAAAAUAGAAAUUUUGUGGUGAUAUCAACCCAGUUUUAGACAUUAAAACUACACAUAGUAGCAGACAAACCCUGAGAAGAUCACCAAUUAAAAUUAUUAUAUUAAUUUUUUUUAACUAAGUUUGAUAUGUAGCCAAACAGAAGAGCUGAACUCUCAUUUGGUUUCUGCAGCCUAUUUUAUUUGUUAAGUUUGUCAUCUUACUUUUUGUUCUUUUGUAGUUAAAUCUUUACAUUUUAAAUGGCUCUGGGUUUUUUGUAGCAGACACAUAGUUUGUAUUUCUUGUUUUUUUUAUAGUUAAAACAGAGUGUUAAGAAUUUAAAGGUUUAAGCUGUAAAAUGGUAAAUUUAGCAGUAGACAGUAAACACACUCCUGUGGUUUCUGUUGCCAGAUGCAGAGAUUUUGCAGAGGCUUUUCAGGUUGUACGCUGUUUAUUUCUCACAUUUUCACAGGGGACAUGUUGCAGUAUGAGGAUGGCCAGUCUCCUUUGCAUAACCUGGAGCAGGCAGCUGUCCAUUAUGCAUCAGCUAUCAGACUCAACUCCAGAGAUGCCAGACUCCACUUCCUGUUGGGUCUUGUUCUGGAGGAGCAGCACUUUGCCACAGAGAUGUAUGGCCUCCAGCAGAAGACUGAUAGGGACAGAGAUGAAUUAAGCGACGCCAAAUCAACAGCACGUCAGGAUGACAUCCUGGCUGUGUGUAAACUCCACGGUUUCCUCGGCACGCCCACAGUGGAGAACCAGCUUCAGGCCUUGGAUAAAGAGUAUCAGCAGCUCAGAGAGCAGGGACAGUCCAGCAAAGCAGACUAUGUUCAGACUCUCUACAUCUGGCUCUCCAAGAAAUCUGGCAAGGAUAGCGGUUCAGCUGUGCGGGACGAAGAGAACUGUGUCCACCGAGCUCUGAUGAAAUACCUGGACGCCUGGUCUCUGAGUCCAGACAGCUGGGAGUACAACCUCCAUGUAGGAAGACUGCUGCUGCUGCAGGGGAGGAGCAGGGAAGCCCUGCAGCAUCUCCAGAGCGGCUUGGCACUGCGCCCUUUACAUCCGGCACUCAGAUUCUUCACUGGGCUGGCUCUGCUGCAGCAGGAGCAGAAAGCCUCUGUGGACACAGAGAAAGAGGCUGCUCUGUUCUUACAACAGGGACUGGAGCACUUUGUCAGCCAGCGCUGCAGCAAGAGCUGGGUGGAGCAGGAUCCAUCAGAGCCUCUGUCCAGCCUCAGCACACAGUUCCUGCGAGGCCUUCUCACUCUGGGACAACUGCAACACAACGUACUGCCUGUGAAGGCCAUGGGUGCUGAACAGGUUUAUCACACUGUAGCAGUGCUGACUGCCCAGAGUGUGAGUCAGUGUGUGUGUCGUGGCGAGGUGAGCGGGCAGCUGGAGUGGGUGUUGCUGCAUGCUCACUUCGCCCUGCUGCAGAGGCUGAUCCAGCAGGGUGAGCCCCAGGCCAAAGAUGGCACCAGCAGGCAGUCCCUGGUGGCGAAGAGAUGCCAGGCCCUCACAGCUCUCAUACGCCUCACAUCUAUCCCCCCCUGCCAGGAGCUGCUGGACAUGCAGGAGAAGGCAUGCCAGCUGGCAGUAGUGAUCACACCACGGGACAGCCACGCCCUUUUUCUCUUAGGUCUGGCACAGCUAGCUCAAUAUGACAACAACCCAAAUUCAGGCAGGUCAAACGAAGCCAGAACUGAUGCCUGCCUCAGCUUCCAGGCCAGCAUUGAGCUGGAAAACAAGACUCAGAGCGGAGAGCCUCCUGAACAGCUGAGCAAACAAAGGUGGUGGCAGGACCGGCACAAGGCUGAAAAUGAGAAAGCUGCCAAGCAGUCCAUCACCCAACCAGCAGGAGUGAAGGGGCCUUCUGACACCAGUGUGGCCAAGAGAGGAGCUAGGCGGGGCAGAGGAGGGCCUGGUCAAGGGCGGGUGGCAGCAGCUGUAACCAAAGCUCCUGCUCCUGCAACCCCAGCCCCCAUCAGGGGAGCGAAAGCUGCCGGUCCUGCAGCCAAAACCCCUGCAGCCAGGGGGAGAGCUGGAGCAGCAGUCAAGCCAGAUGGAUCAGGUAAAACUGGCAAUAAACCUCAGCUCCCCCCUAGCAAGUCUAAACAGGACUGUUGCCCCAUUACUGUUGAGACAGCGGAGGUUGCAGAGCCUCCUGUGGGAGACAUAGUCACUGUGCCCAGUCUGGUGAACCGCAGGUCUCAUAUCCCACGGCUGGGUCUGGCCCGCGCCCUCUCUCGCUCUGAAGACACCCAGGACCAGGCAAAGCAGCUCUACCAAGAGGUCAUCUCCAUGGCACCAGGGGUCCACGAUGCCUACAUUGAGCUUGUGCAGCUGCUGGAGCCGUCGGACCCACAGGCUGCAGUGGAGGUGUACUGCAGAUUCCCUCUGAAGCCUGUGGGGGAGCAAAGCUUCGAUGAUGCCUUCAUCACAGGAGAGAUCGUCCGCAUGCUGAUGAUGCUGGAGCAGUACGACCACCCGCACCUGAGCCCCAGUCUGGUGGCACACGGCAAAGUCAUGGGCCUAAGUUGCAUAGAGAAAUACAUCGACAUCUUGGAUGGAAAGUCCAUGACCAAGCUGCUGAAAAGUGUCUACGCGAGGAUCCAUGACAAACGUGAGGACGAUGAGGAUCUACAGGACUUCUUCAAGUUCAAAUGCUGGACAUGAUGCUUGUAACCUUCUAACAAAUGUAUUAAUCCUUUUGGAUCCUGAA